GAGGCUGAGUGUAGUCGUUUGGGAGAUCGUGUGUUUGAGCUUUCAUCGGAGUUGGAUCGUGUGAAUGGUGUGAAUCGCGUUCUUUCAGCGAAGUGUUUGGAGUUUGGAAUUGAGUGUGAUGGUGUUGAAUCGAGGUUGGAUGUUUGCGGAUUUGAUUCGGAUUCUCACAUUGCUGGUGUUUCGUCCGGGGAUGUGCAAGUUCCGUUGUCAGUGUCCGAGCGCUCAGUUGUGUCGAUUGUGUCGUCGGGUGUGCAAACGGAUCCGGAUGCGG